GGCCGUUGGAUUUUGACUAGUUACUGGGAGAGGUGGAGCCAAUUUUAGUGGGUCUCUUUGAAAAAGCCCAGCAAGAUGUCAGGGCUGCUCUCAGUCUCCUUCCACCUUAUCCUCCUCUUCAAGUUUGUUGCCCCAGUGACCUUUCGCCACCACCGCUAUGAUGAGCUUGUGCGGACGCUGUACAGGGUGCACAACGAAUGCCCCUACAUCACGCGGGUUUACAGCAUCGGGCGCAGCGUGAAGGGGAGACACCUCUACGUGCUGGAAUUCAGCGACUACCCUGGGAUCCACGAGCCUCUGGAGCCGGAAGUCAAGUACGUGGGAAACAUGCACGGCAAUGAGGCUCUGGGCCGCGAGCUGCUGCUGCAGCUGGCCGAGUUCCUGUGCGAGGAGUUCCGGAGCGGGAACCAGCGCAUCGUGCGGCUGCUGGAGGGCACGCGUGUGCACAUCCUGCCGUCCAUGAACCCCGACGGCUACGAGGUGGCCGCCGCCCAGGGUGCAGACAGUUCUGGGUAUCUGGUUGGCAGGAACAAUGCAAAUGGAGUGGACCUGAACCGCAACUUCCCGGAUCUCAACACCUACAUCUACUACAAUGAGAAACACGGAGGCCCCAACCACCACUUGCCUCUUCCAGACAACUGGAAAAGUCAGGUGGAACCAGAGACACAGGCUGUGAUCCAGUGGAUCCGCUCCUUCAACUUCGUUCUUUCAGCCAAUCUCCACGGAGGGGCAGUGGUGGCCAAUUACCCGUAUGACAGAUCCCUUGAACAUCGGGUCCGGGGGUUCCGCCGGACUGCCAAUACCCCUACGCCCGACAACAAGCUUUUCCAGAAGCUGGCCAAGGUCUACUCGUAUGCACAUGGAUGGAUGCACCAAGGUUGGAACUGUGGGGAUUAUUUCCCAGACGGCAUCACCAAUGGGGCUUCCUGGUAUUCUCUCAGCAAGGGAAUGCAAGACUUUAACUAUCUCCAUACCAACUGUUUUGAGAUCACGCUGGAACUGAGUUGUGACAAGUUUCCUCGCCAAGAGGAAUUACAGCGUGAGUGGCUGGGUAAUCGGGAAGCUCUAAUCCAAUUCUUGGAACAGGUACACCAGGGCAUCAAAGGAAUGGUGCGUGAUGAGAAUUAUAAUAACCUUGCGGAGGCUGUCAUUUCUGUUAGUGGGAUUAACCAUGACAUCACUUCAGGUGACCAUGGCGAUUACUUCCGGCUGCUGCUUCCAGGUACCUACACUGUCACUGCCACAGCACCUGGGUUUGACCCAGAGACAGUGACUGUAACCGUGGGUCCUGGGGAACCAAAACUGGUUAACUUCCAUCUCAAGAGAAGCGUCCCUCAAACAACCCCACCGAGGAGAGUUCCCAACUCAGGACAUGGAGGCAGAGGCCGACCAAAGCACGUGCAGCCCCAGGUCGCCAGGAAGGAGGAGAUGGAGAUGACACAGUCCCUGAGAUCCACAGUGCUGGGGCCACAUGAGCUGUCCCGAGAGACUCUCCUCAGGGAAAAAUGGGACGGACCAGAGCGGACGCCAACUCUGCCUGCUGUGAGGAAAACUGCCUCGGGCGGGGGAGGAGGAGGCCCGCACCACAGGCAGGAACCCAGCGGGCCUUCGCUCCGAGGAAUUUCGCCUUUUUUUCUAGGCUGGAAGGCCGUGUGGGGCCGGGGACUCGCACGGAGCCCAGGCGGCACGCAGGGCCCAACGACCGGCGAGCGGCGGGCGCCGGGCCCUGGGACCCGUGCCUCAGUUUCCCCUGCCAGAGGCCCUCCGAGCGCCGCCCCCUCUGACUCCGCGGGGCGGGCGGGCCGCCAGGGGGCGCGAGCGCGGGGCGGGCGCCCGGAGGUGGGCGCGCGGGGACCGAGGAGCCCCCGGGCCGCGCGGCCGCGAGAGGCGGAAGCCUGGGCGGGAGGCGGGAGGCGGGGCGGCCGCGCUGAGUCACACCGGAUCGGCCCGCCCGCCGCUUCCAGGGGCGGAGGUGACAGCGGCCCCGCGGACAGGGUGGCGCAGUGCCCGCCGCGCCGCGGGUCCCUCUGGGCGGCGGGUCCCCUCAGCCCCGCCGCACCGGGUCCGCGAACCGAGCCGGUGCGGCGGGCUGAGGGGACACGCGCCCAGAGGGACGCGCCGCGCGGCCGGGCCUGCGCCACCCUUGCCCCGCGGCGGCCGCUGCCCCGGCCGGGAGCCCCCGGGUGGAGGACGGGGAAGGAGGUGCAGAGCGCCGGCCCUCCUCGCAGCCCGGGUCAGGUCCGGCCGUGGGAGGUCCCCGCCGGGGCCGGGGGGGAGGCUGGGCGGCCGGCAGUCGGGGGGACGCGGAUGUGGGCUUUUGAGACGGUGUCAAGCCCCGGGCUCUUUUCACUGCACCGCCCUGCCACUCGGGCAACGAGGCGGAAUCUGAGAGCUGGAAAAGAAUUCAGCACGAGCCCAGCCCCCCUGUUUUACAGAUGA